CAUGAAGUUCCUGGUCGUCCUCGCAGCCCUGGCCCUCGCGGCGGAGGCCUACGUGCCCAUUAUGUACAACUACCACGAGGAGAUCGGAAUCCCCGAGGCAGCUCGUAUCAAGGCCGCAGAAGAGGCUAUGGACUUCGAUGGCUCCAGGAUUGCAGGCGGCAGUCAGUCAACACUUGGAGCAAAUCCUCACCUUGGUGGUCUGGUGAUCACACUGACUGACAACAGGCAGUCCGUGUGCGGCUCAUCCCUGCUCAGCAACACCAGGCUGGUGACCGCGGCCCACUGCUGGAGACAUCGCACCACCCAGGCCCGUCAGUUCACCGUCGUGCUCGGCUCCGUCCGCCUGUUCUCCGGCGGCCAGCGCAUCAACACCAACCUGGUUGAGAUGCACGCCCAGUACAACGAGAACAACCUUAACAACGACAUCGCUAUAAUCAGAAUCAACCACGUCGGCUAUACCAGUGAUAUCAACCGUAUUAACCUUCCUACCGGUAACGACCAGUACGUCGGCACCUGGGCUGUCGCCGCUGGCUACGGAAGAACUAGUGACAGUGCUGGAAUCUCACAAAACCAAGUGCAGAGCCACGUGAGCCUGCAAGUAAUCACCAACGCGGUGUGCGCGCGCACCUACGGCACCUCGACCGUGGUCGCGUCCACCAUCUGCGUAGCCACGCCCAGCGGCCGCAGCACCUGCGGCGGAGACUCCGGCGGCCCUCUCGCCAUCGGCACCGGCAACAACCGAAUCCUGAUUGGUAUCACAUCAUUCGGCCACGUCAGCGGCUGCACGCGCGGCCACCCCGCCGGUUUCAUGAGGGUGACCUCCAUGGCCCCCUGGAUCCGUCAACGCAUGUAAGCCGUGCUACUACUGAGUACGCUGAUUCUAUGCUUCUUGGCUGAAGAAAUGU